CGGCACGACACACGAUUCCAUUCCAUUGUCGAGUGCAGGGAAAAAUUCGUUUAUGAAAUUACUCGCUGCUUCAGUCGGCUCACUUCUCAGAUAGUGGAAACUUCCGUCCGAAGUGGACAAGUAGUGUUUUCUGUCGUGUCGCGCCACUCCCGUCGACACCCUCCAGCAGGACAGCGGCGAACGGCCAGCAGCCAAGUGUCCAUCCGAGUGCCAAAAACGAGCCGCGGACGAUGAAUAAAAAGUGCGCGAGGUGUGAUAAAACUGUUUACCCGAUCGAGGAGCUCAAGUGUCUAGAUAAGAUAUGGCACAAGCAGUGCUUCAAAUGCCAGGAGUGCGGCAUGACGCUGAACAUGCGGACCUACAAAGGCUUCAACAAACAGCCCUACUGCGAGGCGCACAUCCCCAAGGCCAAGGCGACAACGGUCGCGGAAACGCCGGAGUACAAGAGGAUAGCUGAGAACACUAAGAUCCAGUCAAAUGUCAAGUACCAUGAGGACUUUGAAAAGGCAAAGGGGAAGGUGACGCAGAUUGCUGACGACCCAGAGAUUUUGCGAAUCAGGGCCAACACAAAAAUCAUCAGUAAUGUGGCAUAUCACGGAGACCUGGAAAAGAAGGCAAUCAUGGAGCUGAAACGGGAAAAGGAGGAAAACGGAGACGCACACGAGCACCACCCUGGCCAGCAGCACGCGCCAGUGCCACCCCCGUCGAGCAACAAUCACCACCACGCAUCAGCCGCCACCAACAACCACCAUCCGCCGCCGCCCAAGCAACACGCGCCUCCGCCGCAGCAGCCGCACCACCAAGUGCCUGCUUAUCAGCCCGGGCGCAUUGCUGAUUACGACCCCAUCGCCAGCCAAGAGGGCAACAGGCAGUACGUCAGCCCCUACUCAGUGCGGCAGAGUGCCCAGACGGUCAUUUACACGUCCGACAGAGGCGCAGUAAACAAUUUGCCGACAAGGAAGAUUGGCUCGAUCGCCGACCUUGACCCUGUCAACGAGUACUACGGCUCCAUCGCGCAGGAAUACCCUCCGUCCAGCUAUGGCAGUGCGCGGCCAGGUGGCCAGCCUCAGCAGCACCACCAUCAACCGCAGCAACCGGCUCACUACCACCACCAGCAACAGCCAUCAGCCCAGCAGCUCGAGCAGCAGAGAAUGCACCAAUUAGCGCAGCAGCAACAACUUUAUCAACAACAACAAAUGCAGCAGCAGCUGCAAAGGAUGCAGCAACAACAACUCCAACAGCAACAACUUCAACAACAGCAACUUCAGCAGCAAAAACUUCAACAGCAACUUCAACAACAACAACAACAACACCACCAGCAUCAGCAGAAGUCUGGAGGACGCAUGUACCGUGCCAUGUAUGACUAUGACGCACAGGAUGCUGACGAAGUCUCCUUCCUUGACGGUGACAUUCUAAUUGGCUGCACCCCAAUUGACGAGGGCUGGAUGACGGGCACUGUCCAGCGCACAGGUGCCCAGGGCAUGCUGCCCGCUAACUAUGUUGAGCUAGCAAAUUAAAGUGUCCCCGUUGAGACAUCAGGCUGCUUCUACACUUGAGCGAAUUCCUCGAAUCACAUAAUCAUCUACCCUCUAGGAAGUUAAAAUUUUAGCUCGGUGAAAGGUACAUUUUUAGCUGAUCAAAAUUUUUUGCAAUUUGACUAAUCGACGAGGAAGAGCCUGCAUUUUUUUACCCUCAUGUUCCGAACGCAUUGUUUCGGAGUCGGCUGCAUGUACAUGGUUUUGUAAAUAUUAACGUUCCACUGUGCCUCAUUGAUACACACUAGUUUAUAAUCCGUCUUCCGACUUCUCUGACCAUUGUCUCUUUUUUUACUACUUUUGCUGUAUUGCAUCCGCCGGGCAGUUUCUCCGUUUGCCGCCACCGCCACAUUCCGUUGAACAGCUUUUUGAAGUUGCGAUUGAGUCUAUUAUAGAAAGAGUUUAUGUCUUAAGCUUAUUAUAUUCAAACAAGAGACAGUUACUCAAAAUUUAAAAUAUCAUAAGGACUAAAAUAGAGUGCCUUUGCUAUAGGAGCUAGGAUCAUAAUUCGACAAAAAACACUAUUGGAUGUCCAAAUUUGAAAUUAAAAAAUUCUUGUACUAACAGCCAAAAUAUUUUUGAUAACCACGAAAAGUGUUUGUUUGAUCAUCAUUGAAUAAAACAAACAUCUCAUUAUAAUACAAUUAAA